AUGGAUUUUUACUCAAAAGGUAACUGCUUAAUUACUUUUGGAGGAGAUCAAGGAAUCUCCAAGAUAUACAAUGAUGUCUGAGAAUUCUCUUUUUCAGACUAUCGUUGGCAAGAACUUCAAGCUGCUUCUCAAAUUGCUCCUUGUAAGCGAUAUUUAGCAAAAAGGUAUAGUUUAGGAGGCUUUAUUGAUUCAGAUGGUGACUCUUUUUAUAUUUUUGGAGGAAGCACAACAAAUGGUCCGCAAAACGAUAUGUGGACAUUUGACCUAAUAAAUUAUCAAUGGACAAUAAUAAGUCAAAACGGGCAUGUCCCUUCUCCAAGAUCCCGCUUUGCCUAUACUCGAUAUAAUGAUAAGAAUGACAACAAUAAGCUUAAGUUUGCGAUUUAUGGAGGGACUUCAAGAAGUGGCCUUGACAAUAAUUUAUUCAUGUAAUCAAUAUUUAGAUUUGACGUCAAAAGUUUAAAUUGGUCUUUUACAAGUCCAGAAGGAGUUUCAGUUCCAAGAUUAAAUUCUCCAACAAUUCAAUACUGAGAUGGAUUCAUUUACUUAGCAGGUGGACAAGGGGUGCAUGGCUCAGCUUAUGAAUUUAAUCAAGAGUUUUUCAGAUAUGAUUUGACAAAUAAUAAAUGAGAAAAUAUUACAAACAGCAGCAGCCCAUACGGAUAUAGAUAUCUCACAGGGAGCGCAGUAUAUAUAGCUCAUCCAUCUAAGCGGAUUGCUAUAUUCCAACGUCUCCCGAGACAGUUGGGGGUUGGUUCACUAAAAAAUGUUAAUGAAGCCAACCUUGGGAGAUUUCGGGCAUAUGGCAACCCACUUAGCGGAUGAGAUAUAAUAAUGAGUUUUAUUUAUUAUUUGGAUGAUCUGAUAUCACUGGUGGAGAUGUAAAAAACAUUAUGAAAGUAAAUUUAUUAAGCUCUACUUAUGCGUGAUCUACUACAAAUAUUGUAAAAGAUGAACGCUGAGAGAUGGCCCCCAGAGACUCAUUUGCGUUUGCAAGCCAUGAUAAUGGAACAGUGUACAUAUUUGCAGGAUUUAUUUCAAAUAAUACCUUACUCCUCGCUUAAGUGUCAACAAGUUUUUUUUAUAACACAUUUAUAGGUCCGUUGGGAUUUUUAGGCACCAGUAACUGGCUAAUGGUCACAACCAUUAGCAGCCUUCUGGCUGGGAAGCAGGCAGGUGGUUGUGACCAGUUAGCCAGUUUAAUAGUGCCUAAAAAAAUUCAACAGAGACUAUAUGUAGUCCGUGAAUAGGCUUAUUUUAAUUGACUAGUGAUCUCAAUUUUCGCAGUUUUUCCGAUUUAGUCUUUUCUGUUGUGAUUGAAUAGGGUACGGACUUUUGGAUAAAAUGUCAAACAUAUUUGAAGGCCAAAAAUAAUCAAAAUUGGAUCAGACACUAAGAAAUUGACUCUAUGAAAAUCUAUAAGUGUAAAUUAUCAUUUCUUUUUGGAUUUAAAAAUUCAAAAUUUAAUUUAAAAUUUAUCAAAAAGAACUCAAAUAAGAAAUAUUAAUAGAAUUAGCCAGAAUUCUCAUUAUAAAAAUUAUUAAUUAUACGUAAAAUCAUCUUUAAGCAAAAAAAUUUUAUAUUAAAAAAUUUUGCUCUUAAUUUUUAUAGACAAGGAGAGAGUUAGCAAUAACUAAUAGCUUAGUAGCGUUUGACUUAACUGCUUCAGAAAUUACCUAUGAUAUUAUUAAUAUCGAAUUUAGGGGUCCAAGUCCACGGAAAAGCCAUUCCUUAUGUGCAGCUGAAUCCAAAUUAUUUCUAUUUGGUGGGCAAAAUGGUGAUAUAUUUUAUAAUGAUUUAUGGAUUUUUGACCCAGAAAGUGAUACUCCUUACUGAAACUCAAUUAUGACUUCAGGAAAUCCACCAUCAGCGAGAGCAGGGCAUGCUUUCGACUCACAAGGAGAUAUUGUAUACUUUUUUAGCGUUUCUUAACAUCUCCUCAAAUAUUAAAAACAAUUAAAAAAAUAUUAUUUAACAUAAUACGAAAGCCGAAGCACAUUUAUUUGGCUAUACUUGUUUUUGGUGGAUUUGAUGGAAAAGCUUAUUUAAAUGACUUAUUUUACCUCAACCUUAUGACGAGCACAUGAAAUAAAGUCAUUUUAAGCUCUACAAAUAAGCCAACUGGAAGAACAGGCGCAUGCAUGCAAAUGUUUUUGCCUUUUGUAUUUAUAUUUGGAGGUAAAACAGAUCUUGGAGUGGUGAAUGAUUUGUGGUUAUACAAUACAGGGACUAAUAAAUUUAAGCUGUUAUAUGAGGAUACUCCUGGGACAUAUCCAUUACCGGUUUAUGGACAUGUGUGUGAGUUAGCUUCAGACAGCUAUAACAAUGUAAUUUUUUACACAAUGUUUGGAUCUACUGAUGGAGAAUUGCCUGUAGGGAAUGUUGAUAUAUAUAACAUGACUCUGCGAAAAUGGAUAAAUAUCCAUAAUAGCACAGGAAAGGGCACUGCAAGAGCCAAUGCUGCAGUUCUACUCAAUAAAAAAAAUGAAAUUGGAGUAAUUGGAGGACAAGCCUGAGGAACUGAUCCCCAAAAAAGCAUAUUUAUUUUAGAUCUCAAUACUGGUAUAACAACUUUUCAGAACAGUUUGCAUGACUAUUUUUAUUCAUUUGCUUAUUUUUAUUAUAAGAAAAGCUUUUAUAUACAAGGUGGAGGUUCGGUUUCUGGAAAAGCAAUGAAAGCAUUUUUAGGGAAAAAUACUUUAAUUAAAGUUGAGCUUGCCUGUGAUAAAUCAACGAACUCUUCGUGUGGCUGGGAUUGAGAAGUAAUUAAUAUAAAAUGCUGUAGAGCCAAUUAGCUCAUCUAUUGACUCAAAAUUUUAGAAUUUAAGGGACUAUGAGAAUACCUACCAUAAAAAAUUCAAAAUUAGCUGCGGGAAAAAAAAACCUCGAAGCCCAGGAUGCAAUGCUUGAUAUCAGGCUGGGAAUCUCGCGCAAUUUGACAGGAAAUGUCCUUUGGGGUGUUGUGAGCGCUAUUUUAAAUUUCGUGUCUCAUUUCAAUGUGGAAAAGCCUACUCAGAAUUGAGUUUAGCCUACCAGCUCAUAGUCAGCACUCUGCCUGCGCCAUUAAAGACAGCCAGGUGCAUAUGGGACUCCCUCUCCUUCCUUAAAGUCCCCAAGAUCGGUAAGCUACCGACUAAAGGAGUUAAGGGUGUGGGUCGAUCUUCUACGCAAUCUUAAUGCAUAGAUUCUUAUCUUAAAUAAUAAAAAGCUGGACUUGCAGCCCUGGGACAUAUACAAAAGAUAAUGAUUGUAUUCCGUGCCCCGAAGGACAAUACAAUCCUGACUAUGGGGCAACCGCUUGCACUCUUUGCCCUACAGGGACGUUCAAUGCACUAAAAGGAUCAAACUCUCUUUUGCAAUGCUAUCCAUGUGAGCCAGGAACUUACAAUUCAUUCAAUGGCUCAGCUACUUGUAGAAUGUGCCCCAUUAAUAGAUAUACCUCUUCCACUCUAGUGGGAACGCUGUGAUCUCUAAGUCUCCUGGGAUAUUAAAGGAUUUGAGUUCGCCAACAGAUGCUGGAUAAGCCAAACUUUAAAAUGGCAAAUCUGCAAUAACAUGUGAAUUUGCAAUUUCAAGGGCUGAUGAAAUCAACCCCAGCUCAUCUUGGAAUGUUAGAAUCUAAGCAAUCCAAUAGCACGGAUACUCUGUAUUGCCCUGCAGGAAGUGUGCAUCCUUUAAAAAAUAAUAUAACUUCACAUCAUUUAUCAAUUCAGCCAUCAUUAUUUCCUGCUUCAUCUUACACUAAAGACGCAAAUGAUGUAGUCAUAAUAAUGCUGAUCGUAGUCUGCUCACUUUUAUUUAUCACUAGUGCUUUAUUGAUAGGUAUAAAAUCAUUAAGAGUCAAGCUUAAAAAACUUGAUAUCUAUCAACAAGAUCAUAACUAUAGGCUUUUUGAAGAUAUGAUAAGACGCAGCACUUACAUAGGAGGACUAUUCUCAAUCAUUUUUUUCGCAGUAGCAGUAAUCCUCAUAUGUGGUCAAAUCAUUAUAUAUGCAAAAGAUAAUGCAUAUGAAGAUAAGUCUCUAGUGCCAUUAGUGGCUUUAGAAAGCGAGCUGGUUGAUUUCCCAGCUUCAAUAUCAUUUGAAAUUAUUUUAUAUAGAUAUGGAGGUGACUGUGUGGCUAAUGACAAGUGCGAGUCUUCUAUUUAUCAGAUAUUUUAUCAUAUUUCUUAUAGUUCAAUUGAUAUAAACUGCAAAAAAAUUGAGGGUGAUUGCUAUAUAAAAAUUUCUUUUUCUGAUUGCGUAAUAAGCACUGGAGCAUAUAUAGAAGUAGAUAUGGAAGAAAAGCAAAGCUAUACUUCUGCUAUUAGUGUAAACUUAACAUCAUCUUCAUCAAUUCCUGGCCAGCACAGCGCCAUUUUUCAGUCCUUAGUCUCAGAUAGCAAUAAGAUUUUCAGAGGAGCUUUGCCAAGCAAGUUUUAUUUUUCAGUCAUUCCUUCACUAUUUAAGUCAUAUGUAUAUGACUGGCCUGGCAAAUUAACAGGAUAUCAUAUUUCGUAUAAUACUGCACCAACUGCUGGGUCUCAAUAUACAAUACCAAAGUAAAUGUUAUUUAGUUUGCCAUUUACAUAUAAUUUAAAGCUUAAAAUCAUUUUGACAAGGAGCUUAAACAGCGUAUACACACAAAGAUUUGCAAAGCAGACUUGAUUUAUAGUGAUUAGUGGCUUAUUGGGGUCUGUGUUUGGGGCUAUGGGAGCUUUAACUCUACUUUUGAAUUAAUAUAAAAAUUAUAUCAUUUUUUUAUAAAAAUAUUUUUGAUUCAUUUGCUUAAAUAGAUACUAAUUUCAAAUGCAUUUUUUAAAGUGAGGAUUAAGAGGAUUUAUGAAAUUCUCUGAAAAAUAUAUCACGAUGUUCAAAAUAUGGAGAAAAAAUAAAAGAAAAAGGAAGAGUAUUGCAAGAGAAAAUAAUAAAAUUCAUACUAUGAUGAAUCUGGAUGAAAAAAGAGAAGGAGCAUCUGCCCUAGCGAAGUUAGAUAUAACCAAAACGGAUUCACUUAAUAUAGAAUUGAAAAUUCCACAAUAA